AUGAAGUUGUCUCAAUCUGCCGUCUUUGCUGUCUUAGCAUUCUCCGCUGCUGUCAGCGCUGCCCCAGCCAACGCUGCCACCUACGAGACCUCGCUUGAGGUCAGAGAAGCUGCUCCUGACUUGAACGAGUUGAUUGCCCGUAUCGACGCCAUCAACGUCAAGAGAGAUGACAUGUCCGAGGCUGAGAUCGCCAAGAGAGACUACAAGAUUGUCACCGAUGUUUUGUCUGCCAUCAACAACACCAACUUGGCUCCACAAAUUAUUCACUACUUGGCCACCAACCCAACUUUCCAGCCAAUUGUCAUCAGAACCAUUGUUGCUGUGUUGGAAUCCAACGCCAUCAACUUGACCUCGUUGUUCAGAGCCUUGGACCAAUCUAACUUGAUUGGCCAAGUUCUUCAACAACUUAUCUCCGACUGUUCCCUUUACGUGUCGCUUUUCAACACUGCUAAGCAAAUCAUCGGUAACUUGGCCAACCAGGUCAAGAAUGCCAUCCUGGGUGGUAAGGCUAAGAGACAAUUCUUGGCUGACCAAUUGCAAACCCGUGACCUCUCUGCUGAAAACUUUGUUGACUCUAUUGACAAGAGAGACAUCAACGUGGACAACCAAAUUGUCGUGAAUUUGUUGGAUUCAUUGGCCAAGUCUGGUUUGGCCACCUCUGUUGUCAAGUCCAUCAUCACCGACUCCUCUUACAUUCCAUUCGGUGUUAACUUGAUCAAGACUGUCUUGCAAAGCAAGGCCUUGCCAACUGCUCAACUUAUCGAUGCCCUUAAGAACUCCGACUUGGUUCCAGACUUGUUGAAGCAAAUCUUGAGUGUCGACACCUUCAAGACCGUGGCUGUCAACGCCUUCGCUGCAUUCGCUGGUAAGUGUGCCAACGGUGGUGGUUCUACCACCCCACCAUCUACUGGCGGCUCCGGUUCCGGUUCUGGUUCUGGUUCUGGUUCUGGCUCUGGCUCCACCAAGCCACCUGCUGGCAACCCAUGUAAGAGAAGAAGAAAGAGA